AUGUCGGGUAACGAUGAUCACGAAGAUGAAGUUAGUUCAUUUAGUUCGGGCAAACAUUCUUCCAUGGUUUGGAGCUAUUUUGAUAAAUUACCAGUUGGACCCGGGGGAAUUCAGAAGGCCAGUUGUACGGGUUGUGGAAAAGUGUUUAGUGCCAAUUCGGGAACAUCUAAUAUGAAACGACAUCUUCCCAAGUGUUUUGAUCUUAAUGAACCCGGUCCACCAAAAAAGUGUGCCCAAUUAGAUCAAGCAAUGUAUAGGGAGAAAUUACCAUACUCUAUCAUCAAGCACAACUACCCUUUCAGCUAUGUUGAACAUGAGGGAACAAGAGAUUUGCACAAGUUUUUACACCGCGAUGUGAAGCCCAUAACAAGAAACACUGCGAAGGCGGAUGUCCUAAAAAUAUAUGAUAGAGAGAAGACAGUUCUUAAAGAAAAAUUAUCCAAACAGGGUGUGGUCAAGGCUGACCAAGCAGUGAAGGCUUGUAGAAUGCAAAUCUAA